AUGGAGGCAGGACUGAACUGCAGCUCACACUGUGAGUCUGGUGUCUGCUUCAUCUAUCCAGCAGUGAACCACCAGCAGGGCUGGGAUGUACUGCAGAGACUCUGUGCUCUCCUAGCGAGGGGUGUGGAUGCACAGAGGGGAACGCUGUCCCCUGCUCUUCAUGCUGUAUUCUGGACACUGCUCUCUUUUGGGAUUAUAUUGGCUCUCUUCUUUUUUAUUUUCACACUCCGCUUCAAAAACAAUAGGAUUGUGAAGAUGUCCAGUCCCAAUCUAAAUGUGCUGACUCUCUGUGGCAGUGUACUUACAUACAGCAGUGGCUUCUUAUUCACCAUGGAGGAGAAAUCACCUCUGCAGGUUGCCGGAUCAAGAGCAAUCUUAGAGGCGCGGAUCUGGACAUUGUGUAUUGGCAGCUCUCUCGUGUUUGGUCCUAUCCUUGGGAAAACAUGGCGGCUCUACCGAGUGUUCACUCAGCGUGUACCUGACAAGAGAGUGAUUAUUAGAGACAUCCAGCUGAUGGGUUUUGUUGCUCUGCUGGUUCUAGUGGAUGUGGUUGUUCUAACAACAUGGCGUCUGAUGGAUCCAAUCAAGUGUUCUCAGUCUAUUAGUGCUGUUGUGAAGGUAAUAGAGUUGGAUGCAUCUUACUCUCUGUCCCAGCUAGUCUCCUGUUCUUCUCGCUUCUCUGAUCUUUGGGUAAUACUUCUCUCUGUGCUUAAGGGCAGCCUCCUCCUUUAUGGCACGUACCUUGCCGGCCUGACAAGCAAUGUAAGCUUGCCCCCAGUAAACCAGUCUGUGACCAUCAUGGGUGCUGUCUGCCUAGUUACCAUGUCAAGCGCUGUGGCUGUGCCCGUGUCUCUUUACCUGUAUGCCUGGCCAAAUGUGGUCUGCAGCGUCAUGACUGGAGCCAUCUUCAUCUGUACACUAGCCAUAAAUUGUCUGCUGUUUGUCCCUCAAUUGACCCAGUGGAGACAGUUUGAAGAGGAGACAAACUCUCAUCCCAGUCAAAUGGCCAAAUAUUUCAGUAGCCCCAGCAAGACCACACACUCCAUGUACAGCGAGGAUGAAAUCUAUUAUCUACUGGGAGAAAAUGACUCAAUGAAAAGGCUCAUUAAUGAGAAGAAUGCCAUUAUCGACAGCCUGCAGGAACAAGUGAACAACGCCAAGGACAAACUGCUCAAACUGAUGACUUUCAACCAACCCUUGGAUGAGGGAGAAUUGGACUCCUCCAACACGAACCUCAACUCCACCUCUACUCAAACCACAGUAGGAUCUCCUCCAACCCCUCUCCUAACGAAAUACUCAGAAGUCGCUCCCACUGUAGCUCUCUCUCCACCUCCCUACGUACCUCCUCCGCCGCUUCCUUCUCACGUUAGCUCACAACAAACAUUCCCUGAAAGCCCAAAAGCUUCUCCACAACAAGGGCCUCUACCCAAAGAAGAGGCACUUUCAACCCUGAACAGCAUCAGAAACUCUACAAGUGUCUCAGAUGAUCUGGGAGGAGUUACAGUGAUUUUGGAUGAACCUUUGGAUCAGGGCAAAUUAGAGCAGAGUUCCUCGCCAUUGGAUCCCCCUUGGUCUAGUUUAGCUCAGGUUGAUAAAUCAACCACAUUAGAAUUUAAUGCUGUGUCAGCAGCGGGACGACAGGGCUUUGUAAGCAAUGAGCAGCUGGUGGAGAUCCUGCAGGACCUAAGUGUUGAUGCUGUAAGCAGCUCUCUCAGAUCACCCGACCAUAUGCGGAGCCCUUCUUUUAAUCCAGAUCAUGAAGAUCUCAACUCUCCACUCUCUCCUCAAUCAACACUACAGUUCUUCUUCCCUACUAUCUCACCCUAUCUCAUGCGGAAACGCAGACCUCCAUUUUACUCCUCUAGAGUGGGACCUCCUCCUUACUGUUUUCCAGGCUCUGUACCUCCAGGGCGUAAAAGAGAAUCAGCACUUCCAGAUCCUGAUCGCCCCAAAAGUCCUAUCAGCCCCAGAGUGAGCAACUUUCAAAGACAGGACUUGGUUCCAGGACUUCGACCAAGCAGAAUUGACUCGAGACAGGACAGUUGUAGGUUGUCUUCUUGUAAACGUUCUAUUACUCCUUUCACGAGACAGGUUCCUCAGCCUGCCUCAGCUGGGCUGAUGGAGGAGAUUAAAACAUCAGAUGAGCCAUAUGACUACUCCGACUCAGACUCCAGCAGCUCGGAGAGCUACUGUUACUACCACCGGCCCUACUGCGGGGCCUGUAGACAUCGCCCGUAUGACUCGACAGACAGCCUCACAUCAGAGAGCUCUGACAGUGAGGAUGGAGGGUUCUGCCACUCAGCACAACCUUUAGUGAACUUUAAAGAGGACCUUAAACCAACCUUUGUCUGA